CAACAACCCCAGGAGGGGAGGGUCGAGCCUAAGGGUAGAUCUUCAGCGGCCGCCUGCUUAGCCCACCUCAGAGAUAUCCCAUCCCCCUUGACUGAGAACGACUGUCCGGAAGCCUGCUCUGUUGGCUGCGAGAGGCACUUGGAUCGGACUCGCGCUGGUGGCAUCGAACCUCACACUGAAGCCGCCACUCAGCUCCCAUGAUGGCACCACCCAAACUGCACAUCCUCUUCUGCCUCUUCUGCUGCCUCCCCCGGGUGCAUCCUCUUCACGGGCAAGACCCUCCUCCUUUUGACUUUAGGACCCCAGCAUUGUUCCAUAAGAUACAAGCCAUGAUGUCUACUGCCAGCUCUGGCCAUAGUAAAAUCCCCAAAGGAAAUGGAUCUUACCCCGUCGGUUCUGCAGACUUGAUGUUUGGUUAUACUAAUGAGAGCGUCUUCUUGCGAUUGUACUACCCAUCUGAGGAUCAAGAGCCCUUGGACACUGUUUGGAUCCCAAACAAAGAAUAUUUUUUUGGUCUUAGUAAAUUUCUUGGAACACCCCAUUUUAUAGGCAAUUUUUUGAACUUCUUAUAUGGUUCAAUGAAAACGCCUGCAAGCUGGAAUUCUCCUCUGAAGACUGGUGAAAAAUAUCCACUAAUUGUCUUUUCUCAUGGUCUUGGAGGCUUCAGUCUGAUCAUUUCCAGAACACUAGACAUGCUAAGUAGCCACACUGCUUUAAGUAGGUUCAAGGCACCGAAGGUGCGGCAGAGAGCCAAAGAAUGCUCCCGGGCUCUCAGUACAAUUCUUGACCUUGCAUAUGGAAACCCCAAAGAGAACGUCCUGGAUUCAGGUUUUGAUUUGAAACAUCUGAAGGGUGCUAUUGAUGGGGAUAAAAUAGCAGUGAUUGGACAUUCCUUUGGAGGAGCGACAGUUAUCCAAACCCUCAGUGAAGACCAGAGAUUCAAAUGCGGCAUCGCUCUCGAUCCGUGGAUGCAUCCGGUGAGUGAGGAGCUGCGUUCCAAAAUCCCUCAGCCCCUCUUCUUCAUCAACUCUGCACAAUUCCAGUCUUCUAAAUCCAUCGAGAAAAUGAAAAAGUUCUACGAACCUGGCAAGGAAAGAAAAAUGAUUAUAAUCAGGGGUUCAGUGCACCAGAAUUUUCCCGACUUUACUUUUGUAAUUGGCAAAAUAAUUGGGAAAAAGCUGUCAUUAAAAGGAGAAAUAGACUCUCUUGUGGCCAUGGACCUCACCGAAAAAGCCUCGUUAGCUUUCCUACAGAAGCAUUUAGGACUUCAUAAAGACUUCAAUCAGUGGGACCCUCUGGUGGAAGGACAUGACAAGAAUCUGAUCCCUGGGCCACCCUCGAGUGUCGUCGCCCAGUCCCUGGCUCUGCAACACUCUCCAGAAACACACGCCCAGAAUUAGAAGAGCUGCCUGCACAAUCUACUUGUGAAAUUGAGAGUGUCAAUAAGAGAGAGAACGAGAGAGAGAGAGAAUGGAAGAGAUAGAGAGACCUUAAUGUAUUUAUCCAAAUAACCAUUUUUUUAAUGUACGCUGUCCUGUAGAAUGAUGGAUGCCUAGACUGAGAUUUUUCGCAUGUAAAUGUAAAGAAUACAAUGAAGAGCAUAUGAAAACCA